AUGUUAUUGUUAUCAUGCAUCUUAUUUUUAUUUGAAGAUGUUCUAGGGUCAAUUGGAGAUAAUUCUUUUUUUUAUAUUAAUUGUGUUCAGUAUUGUGAUUAUAAAUUUUGUCACUCAGGUAAACAAAAAGUACAUCACCGCGCUUUAAAAAAUUUUGAAUAUUCUUUAUGGUCAUGCAUUGAAAAUUGUGAGUAUGAAUGCCAAUGGAAAACUGUUGAAUCUUUUCAAAAAAGAAAUUGGCCAAUACCACAAUUUAGAGGAAAAUGGCCAUUUAUAAGGCUGUUUGGGUUUCAAGAGCCAGCUUCAGUUUUUUUCUCUGUUCUUAAUUUUAUUACAGUACUAAAAUUAAUUCUGUUAUUUAGAAAAAAAGUAUCUAAUUCUGCUCCUUACUAUUAUAUAUGGAAUUUGUUUGGUUUGAUUCAAUUAAAUUCUUGGUUUUGGUCAACCGUAUAUCAUACGAGAGAUGUCGAUUUCACAGAAAAAAUGGAUUAUAUAUCGGCUUUUAUUUUGAUUAUUUAUUCUUUUUACGCAAUGGGUCUCAGAUACAUAAGUCCUUCUAUAAAUAAGAAAACGUUAUUAUGGUCCAUAUUUUGCGGUCUUUUCGGUCUAAAUCACGUAUCAUAUUUAUGGCUUUAUAAUUUUGAUUAUGGGUGGUCUAACCGUUCUCGGGUGGUUUCUAUGGAGUUUUCUUCAUUUUCAAUCACAAUUCUUUGUUUGGAAAAUUUUUACGUUUGCUCUUCUAGUCGCAGUAACUACUUUACUAGAGCUUAUGGAUUUUCCUCCCAUUUUAUGGUUGUUCGAUGCGCACGCCCUCUGGCACGGUACAUCAAUUAUUUGCAAUAUAUUUUUUUUUCUUUUUGUCAUAGAUGA